AUGGUGGAAGGGAAAGAAAUUAGUGUAAGUAGGUGGAAUGUGAUGGGCCUUAAUGGUGGUGCUGGAUGCGGCAGCUUCUUCAUCCGGUCUAACAAUCAGGACUAUCACAAUAUGUUUGCUAAUCUUGUACAAAUUAAAAGAAGGGAUGGUAGUUUCAAGAUUAUCAAUGUCGAUGUUUCAGAGGAAUUGCAAGGGUUGACUGGUAUUGAUGUCCUUUCCAUUCAAUUUGAUUCUUGUGAAGCUGGGGAAUCCUUUUACCAUAAAUAUGCUUCAGCUAUAGGCUUUGUUGUUGAAGAGGAUUAUAUAAAAAGAAACGAGCAUGGUGAGGUUGUCCAGAAAAGAUGGGCUUGUAACUGUGAAGGAGGCUUUCAGCAAAAGAAAUAUCUACAAGAUGGAUUUAAUUGCUUUGCUACAUUUUGCAUACACCUUGUUAGCCAUAAGUGGUUAGUAAGAGACUUUGUGGCAACACACACACAUCGGUUGUCACCAACAUGCAAACCACAUCACCAAAUUGAUCCUUCUCAGAACAAUUUAGUGAAUGCAAAAAGGAAAAAUCUUGUGGUUUCACUGCGCACUUUACUGAAACUUAUCACACCCAUCACUACAUUCCAAUACCAAGGCUUUCUUAAAACAUCAAUUAUGGUCGAAGGGAAAGAAACAAAUGUAAGUGGGUCGAAUGUGAUGAGCCUUAAUGGUGGUGCUUGUUGUGGCAGCUUCUUCAUCAGGGAUAACAAUCAGGACUAUCACAACAUGUUUCCUAUUCUUGUACAAAAUAAAAGAAGGGAUGGUAGUUUCAAGAUUAUAAAUGCGGACAAUUCAAGGGAACUGCAAAGGUUGACUGAAAUUGAUGUCAUUCCCAUGCAAUUUGCUGAAGAAGGCUUUCAGCAAAAGAAUCAUCUAGAAGAUGGAUUUAAUUGUUUUGCUGCAUUUUGCAGACACGUUGUCAACCAUAAGUGGUCUGUAAAAGAGUUUGUGGAAGCACACAUACAUCAUGAGCUGACUCCAACAUGCAAAUCUCAUCUCCAAAUUGAUUCUUCUCCGAAGAAUUUAGUGAAUGUGAAAAGGAAAAGAGUGGUUAAUGAUCAAGCCCCUUGUAGUGCUUUGAUUGCAAUGAGUGAUGUGGAAUCUGCGAAAAGGAAAAGAUUGGUUAAUGCUCAAGCCCCUUGUAGAUCUGAGAUUCCAAUCAGUGAUGUGGAAGCUGCCCUUGAUUUUCUAAGUGCUAAGAAGGACUCAGACAAUGGCUUAUUCUAUGAAACAAAAUUUGUUGAAGGCCAUUUAACAUCUCUUUUUUGGGCAGACUCUAUAUCUCAGUUAGAUUAUGCAUGCUUUGGAGAGGUGAUGGCAGUUUACAGGACAGAGUUAUGCAUGAUGCACUUUGUAGUGUUGACUGGUCUCAACCAUCAUCAUCGGACAUGUGUAUUUGGAUGUGCUUUGCUUCAAGAUGAGACUGUCGAGGCCUACACGUGGUUAUUUCAAACAUUCCUUCAUGUAAUGCAGGGUUGCAUGCCCCUAUCAGUGGUGACUGAUGAUCAUCAAGCUAUCCGUGAAGCUAUUAAGCUUGUGUUGCCGCGAUCAAGGCACCGCCUAUGCACACAGCAUCUUGAGAAAAUAGCACGCGACAAUGUUAAUAACCCAUUCUUCAUAUCUGAUUUCAAAGCAUGCAUGUUGGAGGUUCUAUCACAAGAUGAUUUUGAGCUUACAUGGAAAAGAAUGGUUGAAAUGUAUAAAGUGUCUGAAAAUCCUUGGAUACAAAGGAUGCAUAGGGAACGUCAUAUGUGGGCAGAGACUUACUUGAGGGGAAGUUUCUCUGCUGGAUUGCAAAGCACGAAAAUAUGUGAAAGCAUUGAUAAACAUUUGAGGAAGUCUUCACAAAAUAAACUGAAACUACAUGAAUUUCUCAACGAGUUUGAAUACGCGAUUAAUGCACUCUGGCGGGAGGAGGGGAAGGCUGAGUGUAAAUCUGCCAUUUUUCAAGUGGCUCUCUCAAAUCCUCUUGUGAAACAUGCUGCUGAUGUGUUUACUAGGGAGUCUUUCAAGAAGUUUCUUUCAGAGAUGAAAUUGGAGACUCUUUUGUUUGUGUUAAGCAAAGAUGCUGGCACAACCCACAGAAAAUACAGAUUGUGUAACACUGAGAAUCAGAAUUUAGUCUAUGAUGUUAUGGUCAAGCCUAGUGGUCCUCUUAAAUGCUCAUGCUUGAAGUUUGAGACAUUGGGAUUUCCUUGCUGUCAUGCCAUUCAUGUACUCAAAUAUGAAGGAAUAGAAAAAAUUCCCCAAGAUCUCAUACAUCUUAGAUGGACAAAAUCAGCAAAAUCAAGUGCUCAAUUUUGGCACCGUUCCUUGCCACCAGUGUCUAGUGAUAUUAUGUUAAAAAUUGUACGUUAUGGCAGUUCGGCAUUUAUUUCUUCCAUACUAUGUUACUUUGGGACAAAAUCAGAUAAGCUACGUAACUUAGUGCUCAGUAGAUUAUAUGAGUUGAAGCAUGAAAUGGAAGAGCGCUAUGGUGUAUCUGAAGGUAGCAGAAGAGGUUAG